CUCAGCUUGUAACUCGAGACAGUUGUUUGAAACCUUAUCAAUGUAAUGUUGGCAACAACUUUAUGCAAGUCAGUUCUACUUUUUACUCUACUUAUUUUAGUCUACUUUUUAUUGUUGGUUCGUUGGUCAAAUCGCAAAGUCAAAGGAAUGGAUCUUGAAGAUGACACAGAAAAUCAAUAUCAGCCCAGUAGGUGGUCCAAAAGAUGCCCGCCUGAUGAAGCUGUACCUUUACAUGUAAAAAUAGCAACUAAUGAAAGCAAUGUUGCGAGAACGACUGUUCCAUUCAAAAGCAAUCUAAGGUAUGGAACAAGAGAGGGACAGACAUUCGAUAUUUACGGAAAUGGAACAUUAAAAAAAGAUUCUCCCAUGUUUGUGUACAUACAUGGAGGAUACUGGCAAUACCUCACAAAAGAAUUAUCAGCUUACUGCGUUGUUCCUCUACAUGAAGCUGGAGUGAGAGUUGUUGUUCCCGACUACGACCUUGCUCCAAAUGUUUCCUUGAGUAUCAUUGUUCAAGAGGUAUUUGAACUGGCCACCUUCAUUAUGAAAAUGGCUAAGGAGGACGGAGUAAGGGACGUUUGGUUUGGAGGUCACUCAGCUGGAGCUCAUUUAUCCAGUAUGCUUUUAUCAACAGAGUUGCUUUCAAAGCUUGAUGACGACUCCAAAGCCAUAUUCAGAGGACUUUUUCUCAUCAGUGGAGUGUAUAACUUGAAGCCUCUUCUGAGAACUACUGUCAACAACGCUUUAAACUUGACUGAGAAAGAGCUGAGUAAGUUAAGCCCCAUGUCUUCAAUCGAUGAUCAGGUAAAAAACCACCUGAAUAAAAGUUUCAACCUGGUUGUUGCGGUUGGAGAGAAUGAUUCACCAGCAUUUCAGCAGCAGUCGAGAGACUUUCAUGAGGUUUUAUCAAGGAGAGGAAUCGCAUCCAAAUAUAUUUUUGUAGAAGAAGUUGAUCAUUUCGAAAUAGUGGAAAAUUUAAGCAAAGUCGACUACAAACUAACAAAGGAACUGAUUCAGCUAAUAACAAAAUAAUAACUAAAAAAGACACAUCUACUUGAAAAUUAAAUACUUUUAGAUUUUUGUUAUUGUCUAAAAGUAUUACAAUUUUUUUAUUUUAGAAAUAGACCAUGAUUUUUAAUAAUAAAAAUUAAUUCAUUUCAACCUUCCCAAAUAUGUGAGUUUGUAGAGUAGACUGGUUGUUUUUAUUGAGACUUUUCAAUUAUCGGUAUUCAUGAAUAUCAUGGACUUAUAAUAACAUCCAUAUAAUUAGAAAGGCUAUUUCCUAUUUCAAGGAUUCGAGUGCGAUUUGAAUUCCAACUGAAAAUUUCUAUUUUUGGGAGCCAGACUCUAUCUUGACUCUGAGAACAGUUUUAGAUUUUACCAACAAUAAAAUAUGGUCUAAUUAUUUAUUAAAACAACAAUUCCAAUACUAGUGGAAAGGUAUUAAAAAAGACCAAUACUUCAAAUGGCAAUAGAAUGUUUAUCAGGUAAAUCCUUUCCAUAAUGAUUUAUGGUCAAAAAUAUUUCAAAAUUAACUACGGUAUUAAAUUAGACAUAGUAUAGGUUGAUUCUACUAGUGACCACCAGUAGCCUAUAUACUUUUCUUAUCAAUCAAAUUAUUAUUUCUAUGUGCUAACUUUCCAUAACAAAUCUUAUCAUUCCAGCAUUCAUGAUACUGAAACAAUUAAAAAACAUUGACGCAAUCAUAUCACUAGAGUUGGUUGUUUUUCCCCACUGAUAAAACAUAAUUAUAAUAGCGUAUUAUUCUUGACAGGAGAAACAAUUCAUGAAGAAACUUGGAUUUUUUUUGAAUGGGAAGCGGUAUAUCGAUAGUACAGGUGUAUAAAUUUUGGAAAAGCUUAGGUUUCUCAUUGGUUGAUAUGUUAGACUAGUAGUUUUCAUUUCAAAGCUCUGUAACUAUUUGUAUUUAUCAUGGUGAGUAGCCUACAAUGAUUUUUUUCAAAUUUCACCUACUAUCACCCUAGUACUCCCACCCCUAUGGUAUCUAUAGGGUAUUCCAUAAUGCACUAUAGAGAUUAUAUUAGUGUACCAAGUACCACUCACUGAGUUCUGAUACUUUCCCGCUAAAAAUCACUAUGAUUGUUGCUUAAUCAACCUUUGAUGCUCCAUACAUUGGAUGUAGAAGUACAAAUUACGGUUCAUAUGAAUAUUCUUCAUUUUAUUUUAGUGUGGAAUCUCUCAAAUACUGUAACGUAUUCAUCUGUAAGAACUUAAGCUCCUUCUCUCCAUUUUGCCUUUUGGAUUAUCUGUUUCAUUAUGGUGUAAGAUAUUUCAUAUACAUUAGGUCACUUGUUUCAAGUUUAGACUAAAGAUUAUAAUUUUUCAAUUACUAUUACACAACUCCUUAGCGAAAGAAUAAAUUUCAUUCUAGAGAUGUAGAAUCUUUUCUCCAGUUUGAAUAUUGAAUGAUAAUUCAAAUAAAUUACAACGUAUCAUGCUAUUUUAGUACAUGUUUGUCAGAAUAUUUCAAUUGUUUAUCACAAAAUUAUAGUUUAAUAAUUCAAGUAUAGUAGUAGUUAAGUAUUCUAGUAUUGAGGCUAUUGUAUCAUAUGACAUUUUUAGAAAACUAUUUUUCCAGUUUCAGGUGGUGAAGUGUCUAUUUAUGAUCCUAAUCAUAGCAUCCUCUGUUUGUGAUAAGACUUGACCCAGAUUCAGGAAAAGUUCUUCGCACAUUGAAACUUCCAGCAGAGCAGUUAACAAGUUUGGUAUUUGGCGGCGAAAAUCUGGAUGUACUCUAUGUUACCAGUUCACAGUUGGACAAAGGAUUUAUUCACCUAAGUGAGUACGCUGGGCGAACUUUUGCUAUAACUGGAUUCAUGACCUCUGACAAA